AUGGAUAUAUUAGGAGGUGAAUAGUUAAAAAUGUAAUUUUCUUUUAGUUUAAAACACCCUUAAAUCACUUAAAUUAAUAAAUUUACAGUUAAAUCUAUAGGAACUACUCCUAAUUAUCGAUUUGCAUUAAUGGAACCUCCUUUACCUAAAAAUAAACCGAUUAAAAUUACUUUUAAAAAUAAAUAAGGAAAUGCUGGAGGUAAUAAUUGGAUUGCAAUAGGUGUUUGUCAUAAAAAUAUAAUUGUUGAGAAAAAUUAUGGAUUUAACUUUAAUGCAUUAGGACAUGGAGCUUAUUUGAUGUCCUCAAAUGCCGGAUCUUGGUCUACAAGGGAUGAAAUUGAAUAUGUUUAUGAUUAUAAAUAUUAAUGA